AGAGGAAGAGAACAAAGAAGCACAGGAGAAAACAUUACAGCGUUAUUCUGGUCAUGUGCCUUUAAGAGCUCUUCUGAGGCUCAGGAAACAAAAGUGAAACUAACAUCUCGCCCGGAAAAACACAACCGUUCCACCGAGAGCUCGCCAUCGACCGGAACUCUUAACGAGGCGGACGGGUCCGAAGUCCACACCAUGUCUAAAGACUCAGACGUGUUUGAGGUCUUUCCUGACACAGAAGGCAUUCUGUCAGUGAAAAAAGAGCUGGAGGAGUCGUCAUGCAAGGACAGGGACCUCCUCUCGAACCUGGAUUUCUCCGAGAGCGUCUUUAGACACAACCCUCUCAACAAAGCCAUGACCCUGCAGGUGAAAGGUCAGUGGCGGUGUCUGAGAAUCGGCAAAGACCACAGCGUGAUUUACACCGUGUCAUCGGAGGGCCGACAAACCCGCAUCGACUGCUGCGUAUACUGCGAUAACGACGAGAUCCAAUCCUCAGAUAUUAAGAGCAUCCACUUCAGCGUGCACUCCUGCCAGAACCAGAGCAGAUCCUGUUUUACGGCGGCCAAAGCCGCACUGGAGUUCGGCGACCAGGCCCUAAAAAUCACAUGCAACAGGUUUUCCAUCACCUACACCACCCACGGCGUACCUGACGAGAUCAAACUGAUCCAAACCAAGUGCCAGUUUAAUCUGCCCUGCGUGACGGCCGAGUCCCUGCUGGAAAUUAAGUGCUGGAUGCAGAAGGAGAAGACGAAUUGUAACGAGUUGAUCGCUUGCAUCGAUUAUCUAGUCCAGAAAUACCUCACCUCCCCCGCAAAUGUGCCGUCGUCUCACUGCAGGUUCGUUUUACAGGGAGAUAAAGAAAUGGCUGAAAUUAUUUCAGAGGAUGACGAUAUGGAACCGAUGAAAGAGUACGUGGUGAUCUACGAGGGUUUUUCAAAAGUCCGCGUGUAUCCACCUCUGGAGUGAAGACCAAACAUCAUGCAGAUCUCCAUCACAUCGUUCAGAACCAUCUCCAUCUCAAUCCAGAUGUUCUGUUCAGAACCAUCCUCACCUCCAUCCAGAUGUUCUGUUCAGAACCAUCUCCAUCUC